CGGAGUCCGGAGCCGGCCGCCCCUGCGGACCGGACAGUGUGCCCGGCAGCCGGGACGGAACCCCUAGCACGCGACCGGGGCGCGGCGCAGGCGGCGGCGGCGCGGCGGGGAGGAGCCCGGGCCGGAACCAGGGCUGGGCCGGGGGCGGGGACGCCGGGGUCCGGGAGCUUGGGAGCCGGAGCGAGCUAACGAGCGUCGCUGGAGGACCGGGAAGGAGGACCGCGGGAUCCGGAACCAGCCCAGCUACCCCCCAAAGUGCGAUGCCCGGGAGGGGCUGAGGCGCGCGGCGAUCGGAGCGGGGAGGAGAGCCCGGGAGCGGCGCAGCGCGGAGGGGCAGCGCCGGCGGGCGGCGGCGGGCCCGGGCUGCGACCCGAGCGAGCCCCAUGCCCCGUGCGGGCUGACGGGCCGGAGCCCGCACCGAGCGGCUGGGCCGGACAGGUCCAGAUAGAGCGACAUGAUGGUGGAAUCUGCCUCGGAGACAAUCAGGUCGGCUCCAUCUGGUCAGAACGGAGUGGGCAGCCUUUCUGGGCAGGCUGAUGGCGGCGGUGGUGCAGGAACCACAGGCACAACCACAGGCAGUGCCGGCAGGGACAGGGACUGCCCGGGCAGAGAUGCUGCUAGUGACAGCAACGGCGAGAUGAGUCCCGCGGAGCUCCUGCACUUCCAACAGCAACAGGCUCUCCAAGUGGCCCGGCAGUUCCUGCUGCAGCAGGCCUCCAGCCUGAACUCCCAGGGGAACAAUGACAGCAAACAGUCGGCUUCUGCUGUGCAGGUGCCCGUGUCAGUGGCCAUGAUGUCGCAGCAGAUGCUCACCCCCCAGCAGAUGCAGCAGAUCCUGUCACCCCCGCAGCUGCAGGCCUUGUUACAGCAGCAACAGGCACUGAUGCUCCAGCAGCUGCAGGAAUAUUAUAAGAAACAGCAAGAGCAGCUCCAUUUGCAGCUUCUCACCCAGCAGCAGGCUGGGAAACAGCAGCCCAAAGAGGCUCUGGGGAACAAGCAGCUGGCCUUUCAGCAGCAACUCCUGCAGAUGCAACAGUUACAGCAGCAGCACUUGCUCAACCUACAGAGGCAAGGGCUGGUCAGCCUGCAGCCCAGCCAAGCCUCUGGGCCCCUCCAGACCCUCCCACAAGCCGUGUGCCCAACGGACCUGCCCCAGCUGUGGAAGGGUGAGGGUGCCCCUGGGCAGCCCGCUGAGGACAGCAUCAGGCAGGAGGGGCUGGACCUCGCCGGCACAGCUGCUACCGCUACCUCGUUCGCCAGCCCCCCCAAGGUCUCCCCGCCCCUCUCCCACCACCCCCUGCCCAACGGACAGCCCACUGUGCUCACAUCUCGGAGAGACAGCUCCUCCCAUGAGGAGACCCCUGGUUCCCACCCCCUUUAUGGACACGGAGAAUGCAAGUGGCCAGGCUGCGAGACCCUUUGUGAAGACCUGGGCCAGUUCAUCAAACACCUCAACACCGAGCAUGCGUUGGAUGACCGAAGCACAGCCCAGUGCCGCGUGCAGAUGCAGGUGGUCCAACAACUGGAGAUCCAGCUUGCCAAGGAGAGUGAGCGGCUGCAGGCCAUGAUGGCGCACCUGCACAUGCGGCCCUCAGAGCCCAAGCCUUUCAGCCAGCCAGUGACAGUCUCAGCAGACCCGUUCCCAGAUGGCCUCGUGCACCCCCCAACCUCGGCCGCUGCCCCUGUCACACCCCUGCGGCCCCCUGGCCUGGGCUCUGCCUCCCUGCACAGCGGGGGCCCUGCCCGCAGGAGAAGCAGUGACAAGUUCUGCUCCCCCAUCUCCUCAGAACUGGCCCAGAAUCACGAGUUCUACAAGAAUGCUGAUGUCAGGCCCCCCUUCACCUACGCCUCCCUUAUCCGCCAGGCCAUUCUGGAAACUCCAGAUAGGCAGCUGACCCUGAAUGAGAUCUAUAAUUGGUUUACUAGGAUGUUCGCCUAUUUCCGAAGAAACACUGCCACCUGGAAGAAUGCUGUGCGCCACAACCUGAGUCUGCACAAGUGCUUUGUCCGUGUGGAGAAUGUCAAAGGUGCUGUGUGGACAGUGGACGAGCGGGAAUAUCAGAAACGGAGACCACCAAAGAUGACGGGGAGCCCCACCUUGGUGAAGAACAUGAUCUCGGGCCUCAGUUAUGGAGCACUUAACGCCAGCUACCAGGCUGCCCUGGCAGAGAGCAGCUUCCCCCUCCUCAGCAGCCCCGGCAUGCUGAAUCCCGGCUCAGCCAGCAGCCUCCUGCCCCUCAACCAGGAUGAUGUGGGUGCCCCUGGGGAGCCACUGCCCAGCAAUGGCAACAGCAGCCCCCCUCGCCUCUCUCCUCCCCAGUACAGCCACCAGGUGCAAGUGAAAGAGGAACCUGCUGAGGCAGAGGAAGACAGGCGGCCGGGGCCUCCCGUGGGUCCCCCCAACCCCAGUGCUGUGGGGCCUUCGGAAGACAGGGACCUGGAAGAGGAGCUGCCAGGCGAGGAGCUGUCCUAAGCCGGAUGGGCAGGCAGGCAGGGCAGGCCAAGACCCUGCUGCCCAGCCCCUACCCCGGCCCACCCACCCCACUCUACAGCCCCUCCAACCUCAAGGCACUUCGGGGACUCAGACCCAGGAAACCUGGGCCAGCAGCUUCCCCUGCCACCUGACUGACAGACGCCUGGGGGCAGGCAUGUCCCUGCCCCCCGAGAGAACACAGAACCCCUGGUCUGGGACCCUUAGAGGACAUGGAGGGCGCAGACCCUCGGAGACCCUCCCCUGUAUCCCUAACCACCAGCAGCAGCGGCAGGGCCCUCCCCCCCCCAGUGCUUCCCUCCAGGGCCCCUCAGCACUGGGGAGACCCGCAGGCGGGGCUGAGCCACCCUGACACCCUGGCCCUUCAACUCCCUCUGCCCUGACUCUGGCAGUGUUUUCUGGCCAGAGGCCCUUCCUGAUUUACCUUCCCUUUUGCCUUGAUUUCCGAACUGUGAAGAUUAUUCUCCAGCCCCAGCUCCUAGCCCAGCAGGUUGGCUGGGAGUGGAAGUUGCAGACCAGCCCCUCAGCUGCUGGGGUAGAGCGAGUUCAAUAUGGGGUCUCUGCCCCUCUCCCCCUCACACCUGAAGACAGGACCCAAACCAUGCAGGCCUCCACCCCCACCCCAUUGGCUGGGUGCCUCUCCAGCACCCCAAUACCAGGAAGCACUGAGGCCUACCCCCCCCCAUGCUGGGUGCCUCCGUCUAGAGUGUUCUGUGCAGGUACAGGUGGUCCACUGCCACCUGCAGCUUGGAAAGCCAGGCUGGAACCAGCCCCCCCACCUGCAGGUCCCCCCACUGCAGUCCUCUCUCACCCCCCCUCACCAUCUCUUCCUGUCCCACCUCCCCAGUUAAAUGGAUGACCAAAGACCUUUCUUAUGCCGGAAGCAAAAA